GCAGUCAGACUGCUGCUGAUGGGGGGAUGAGCUUCCAGUGCCAGCCUAGAGCCGGGAGAAGGAGUGCACAGUUACUGUGAAAUUCAGCUGGUAGAAAGAGAGAGCGAGGGAGAGACACAGAGAGAGAGAGGAAAAAACAGAUCUGUGAAGGAAAUGGGACUGUAAAAAAAAAAAAAAAUUAAAAAAAAAUUAAAAUUAAAAAAAAGCAAAGGAAGCCCGGGAUGGCUGAUGUCAGGGAGGGUAGGGGAGAAGUCUAGGUGGGCGAAUCCUAGCAAUAAGGACCCUUAAAAAGAAUAAGAAUAAUUGGCUAGCCAGCCGCACAGGGGCUUCAGAGGAAUGACUGACUGACUGCCUGGAGGAGCCGUUCCAAGGAAGAGCAGAGAGACUUUAGGAAUACAGAUAAGUAGCUGGUGACUUGCGGUGGAUUUCAAUGAAUUCAGGGUCGGACUGGAUUACCUCUCCGUAAAUCCAAGGAGGUGGAGGGGUGGGGGGAGAAAGCAGAGAGCCCCCAAGGAGACAGACGGAAGAGGAUCUUUAGGUCUGAAACAUGUGAGGUACAUUGCCGGGGCAAGCGACACGUACAGGGAGCCUGGAAGUUCACCCUCCCCUUCCUCCUUUCCCCCACCCCAGGAUGGAUCAGAGGAAGAGCUGGCCUCGGACACUGGACUCCGACGGCUGGUCAGUGGCUUUUGUCGUCUUGGUUUUGGUCCUGCUUUCCCGGAGCGUGGCCGGCACUGCCCUCUUCAACACUUUCCACUCUGAGAACAGAGACUGGACUUUUAACCACCUGACCGUCCACCGGAGCACGGGGGCUGUCUACGUCGGAGCCAUCAACCGGGUUUACAAGCUCUCGGGCAACUUGACCAUCUUGGUGGCUCACAAGACGGGCCCGGAGGAGGACAACAAAUCCUGCUACCCGCCUCUCAUCGUGCAGCCGUGCAGCGAGAUCCUGACCCUCACCAACAACGUCAACAAGCUGCUGAUCAUCGACUACUCGGAGAACCGGCUGCUGGCCUGCGGGAGCCUCUACCAGGGCGUCUGCAAGCUGCUGAGGCUGGACGACCUCUUCAUCCUGGUGGAGCCGUCGCACAAGAAGGAGCACUACCUCUCCAGCGUCAACAAGACCGGCACCAUGUACGGGGUGAUCGUGCGCUCCGAGGGCGAGGACGGCAAGCUCUUCAUUGGCACGGCGGUGGACGGCAAGCAGGAUUACUUCCCCACCCUCUCCAGCCGCAAGCUGCCCCGGGACCCGGAGUCAUCGGCUAUGUUGGAUUACGAGCUCCACAGCGACUUUGUCUCCUCGCUCAUCAAGAUCCCCUCCGACACGCUGGCCCUCGUCUCGCACUUCGACAUCUUCUACAUCUACGGCUUUGCCAGCGGCAACUUCGUCUACUUCCUGACCGUCCAGCCCGAGACCCCCGAGGGCGUCUCCAUCAACUCGGCCAAUGACCUCUUCUACACGUCCCGCAUUGUCCGCCUCUGCAAGGACGACCCCAAGUUCCACUCCUACGUCUCUCUGCCCUUUGGCUGCGUCAAGGGGGACGUGGAGUACCGUCUCCUGCAAGCCGCGUACCUCUCCAAGCCCGGCGAUGUGCUGGCCAAGGCCCUCAACAUCACCGCCCAGGAGGAUGUCCUCUUUGCCAUCUUCUCCAAGGGGCAAAAGCAGUACCACCAGCCCCCCGACGACUCGGCUCUGUGCGUCUUCCCCAUCCGCACCAUCAACACCCAGAUCAAGGAGCGCCUGCAGUCCUGCUACCAAGGGGAAGGCAACCUGGAACUCAACUGGCUGCUGGGGAAGGAUGUCCAGUGCACCAAAGCACCAGUCCCAAUCGACGAUAACUUUUGUGGGCUCGACAUUAACCAGCCCCUCGGGGGCUCCACGCCGGUGGAAGGGGUGACCCUCUUCACCACCAGCCGGGACCGCAUGACCUCGGUUGCCUCGUACGUUUACAACGGCUACAGCGUGGUGUUUGUGGGGACCAAGAGCGGCAAGCUGAAGAAGAUCCGGGCAGAUGGUCCCCCUCAUGGAGGAAUUCAGUACGAAAUGGUCACAGUUUUCAAGGACGGGAGCCCUAUCCUUCGAGACAUGGCCUUCUCCAUCGAUCACAAGUACCUGUACGUCAUGUCAGAAAGACAGGUGUCCAGAGUCCCGGUGGAGUCGUGCGAGCAGUACACAACCUGCGGGGAAUGUCUGAGCUCGGGAGACCCUCACUGCGGCUGGUGCACCCUUCACCACACGUGUUCCCCGAGGGACAGCUGCGAGCGAGCGGACGAGCCGUACCGAUUUGCCGACAGCAUCGCUCAGUGCAUGAGCAUCACCGUGAAGCCCAGCAGCAUCUCGGUGUCCGAGCACAGCCUCCCGCUGCGCCUGCUGGUGAGCUACGCCCCCGAUCUCUCGGCUGGGAUCACCUGCCUCUUUGGGAACCUCACUGAGGUGGAAGGCCAAGUGCUGGGCAGCCAUGUCAUCUGCGUUUCGCCAGCAGCUAAAGAUGUCCCCGCCAUCCCUGUGGACCAAGACUGGUUUGGGUUGGAGCUGCAGCUGAAAUCCAAGGAGACAGGCAAGAUGUUCGUCAGCACAGAGUUCAAAUUCUACAACUGCAGCGCCCACCAGCUGUGUCUGUCCUGCGUGAACAGCGCUUUCCGCUGCCACUGGUGCAAGUAUCGUAACCUCUGCACUCACGACCCCACCACCUGCUCCUUUCAGGAGGGAAGGAUCAAUGUUUCAGAGGACUGCCCUCAGCUCUUCCCCACGGAAGAGAUCCUUAUCCCCGUAGGGGAGGUGAAGCCCAUCACACUGAAAGCCAGAAACCUGCCCCAGCCCCAGUCGGGCCAGCGGGGCUACGAGUGUGUCCUCAACAUCCAGGGCGUGAUCCAUCGCGUACCAGCUCUGCGCUUCAACAGCUCCAGCGUCCAGUGCCAGAACAGCUCGUAUCUCUACGACGGGAUGGACAUAAGCAACUUAGCCGUGGAUUUUGCUGUGGUCUGGAAUGGAAACUUCAUCAUCGACAACCCUGAGGAUUUGAAAGUCCACCUGUACAAGUGCGCGGCCCAGCGGGAGAGCUGCGGCCUGUGCCUGAAAGCGGAUCAGAAGUUCGAGUGCGGCUGGUGCAGCGGCGAGGCGAAGUGCACCCUCCGCCAGCACUGCAGCUCUUCCCCCCACCAGCCCUGGCUGGACUGGUCCAGCAGGAACGUCAAGUGCUCCAACCCCCGCAUCACCGAGAUCCUGACCGUGUCCGGCCCCCCAGAAGGAGGGACACACGUGACCAUCCGUGGCGUGAACCUGGGCCUGGACUUCUCAGAGAUCGCCCACAGCGUGCGGGUGGCAGGGGUGCUGUGCACGCCCCUGCGGGAGCAGUACAUCAUCGCAGAGCAAAUCGUGUGCGAGAUGGGGCAGGCGCUUCCAGGGAUCAGUUCUGGCCCGGUGCUCCUGUGCAUUGGAGAGUGCAAGCCUGAGUUCAUGGCCAAGUCCACGCAGCAAUACAUGUUUGUGAAUCCAGCGGUCAGUGCCCUGAGUCCCAGCCGCGGGCCAGAAUCAGGAGGCACCAUGGUGACCAUUACCGGCCAUUUCCUGGGUGCUGGCAGCCGCGUGUCUGUGCUGCUCGGAAACCAGACCUGCGAAUUUUAUGGGAGGUCCGUGAAUGAGAUCGUGUGCGUCUCUGCCCCAUCCGCACAUGGCCUGGGUCCCAUCCGUGUCUCGGUGAGUGUGGACCGGGCCCAGCUGGAAAGCACCCUGGAGUUCGAGUACAUCGAUGACCCCAAGGUGCAGCGCAUCGAACCCGAGUGGAGCAUAGCCAGUGGACACACGCCUCUGACAGUCACGGGGUCCAAUCUGGAUGUGAUUCAGGAGCCCAGGAUCCGUGUGAAAUACAACGGCAAGGAAUCUGUCAAUAUCUGCAAGGUCAUGAACACAACCAUGCUGACCUGCCUGGCUCCCUCCCUCACCCCCGAGUACCGCCCUGGCUUGGAUGCCGUCGAGCGGCCGGACGAGUUUGGCUUCAUCUUUAACAACGUGCAGUCCCUGCUCAUUUAUAAUGACACUAAGUUCAUUUACUACCCAAACCCUACUUUUGAGCUGCUGAGCCCCACAGGGGUGCUGGACCAGAAGCCAGGGUCUCCCAUCAUCCUGAAGGGCAAAAAUCUGUGCCCACCAGCUCCCGGCGGAGCAAAGCUGAACUACACCGUCCUAAUUGGAGACACCCCUUGCGCCGUCACCGUGUCUGAGACACAGCUGCUGUGCGAGCCUCCGAACCUCACAGGCCAGCACAAAGUUAUGGUGCACGUUGGUGGCAUCGUCUUCUCUCCCGGCUCAGUGAGCGUGAUCUCGGACAGCCUGCUGACCCUGCCGGCCAUCGUCAGCAUCGCGGCAGGAGGCAGCCUGCUCCUCAUCAUCGUCAUCAUCGUCCUCAUCGCCUACAAGCGCAAGUCCCGGGAGAAUGACCUCACCCUCAAGAGGCUCCAGAUGCAGAUGGACAACCUCGAAUCACGUGUGGCCCUGGAGUGCAAGGAGGCUUUUGCAGAACUGCAGACAGACAUCAACGAGCUAACCAGUGACCUCGACCGCUCAGGGAUCCCGUACCUCGAUUAUCGGACAUACGCUAUGAGGGUCCUUUUCCCCGGCAUCGAGGACCACCCCGUCUUGCGGGAGCUGGAGGUGCAAGGCAAUGGGCAGCAGAGCGUGGAGAAGGCCCUGAAGCUCUUUGCCCAGCUGAUCAACAACAAGGUGUUCCUGCUCACCUUCAUCCGCACCCUGGAGCUGCAGCGCAGCUUCUCCAUGCGCGACCGGGGCAACGUGGCCUCCCUCAUCAUGACCGGCCUGCAGGGCAAGCUGGAGUAUGCCACUGACGUGCUGAAGCAGCUGCUCUCGGACCUGAUUGAGAAGAACCUGGAAAACAAAAACCACCCCAAGCUGCUUCUGCGCAGGACAGAGUCCGUGGCUGAGAAGAUGUUGACCAACUGGUUUGCCUUCCUUCUCCACAAGUUUUUAAAGGAAUGUGCUGGGGAGCCCCUCUUCAUGUUGUACUGCGCCAUCAAGCAGCAGAUGGAGAAGGGCCCGAUCGACGCCAUCACGGGGGAGGCGCGCUAUUCCCUGAGCGAGGACAAGCUGAUCCGGCAGCAGAUCGAGUACAAGACUCUGAUCCUGAACUGUGUGAACCCCGAUAAUGAGAACAGCCCAGAGAUCCCGGUGAAGGUGCUGAACUGUGACACCAUCACUCAAGUCAAGGAGAAGAUCCUGGAUGCCGUGUACAAGAACGUCCCGUACUCCCAACGGCCGAGGGCUGUCGACAUGGACCUAGAGUGGCGCCAGGGACGGAUAGCUCGGGUAGUCCUGCAGGACGAAGAUAUCACCACCAAAAUAGAGGGCGACUGGAAGCGGCUGAACACACUGGUGCAUUAUCAGGUGUCUGAUCGCUCAGUCGUGGCCCUGGUUCCCAAGCAGACCUCCUCCUACAACAUCCCUGCCUCUGCCAGCAUAUCCCGAACCUCCAUUAGUAGAUACGAUUCCUCUUUCCGGUACACGGGCAGCCCCGACAGCCUCCGCUCUCGGGCACCCAUGAUCACCCCUGACCUGGAGAGCGGGGUGAAGGUCUGGCACUUGGUCAAAAACCACGACCACGGGGACCAGAAGGAAGGCGAUCGAGGCAGCAAGAUGGUGUCCGAGAUCUACCUGACCAGGCUUCUAGCUACAAAGGGUACGCUGCAGAAGUUUGUGGACGACUUGUUCGAGACCUUGUUCAGCACCGUGCACCGGGGCAGCGCGCUCCCGCUGGCCAUCAAGUACAUGUUCGACUUCCUGGAUGAGCAAGCGGAUAAGCACAGCAUCCACGACACGGACGUGAGGCACACCUGGAAAAGUAACUGCCUCCCGCUCCGGUUCUGGGUGAACGUCAUCAAGAACCCCCAGUUUGUGUUCGACAUCCACAAGGGCAGCAUCACGGACGCCUGCCUCUCGGUCGUGGCCCAGACCUUCAUGGACUCCUGCUCCACCUCUGAGCACCGCCUGGGCAAGGACUCCCCCUCCAACAAGCUGCUGUACGCCAAGGACAUCCCCAGCUACAAGAGCUGGGUGGAGAGGUAUUACGCUGACAUUGCAAAGCUCCCGGCCAUCAGCGACCAGGACAUGAACGCUUACCUCGCAGAGCAGUCGCGCCUUCACGCCACGGAGUUCAAUAUGCUGAGCGCGCUGAAUGAGAUCUACUCCUAUGUCAGCAAAUACAGCGAAGAGAUCAUCGGAGCCCUGGAGCAGGACGAGCAGGCGCGCAGGCAGCGCUUGGCAUACAAAGUAGAGCAGCUCAUUGGUGCCAUGUCUAUCGAGAGCUGAAGAAAGGACACGAGGUUCAACCAGAAGGGAAUAGUCACUGCAAAGACUCUCGGGAACUAAGAGUAAGAACAAGCAGGGAAGGCACUGGACACCUAUAAGUACUGAGACUUCCUCUGGUGGGAGCAGAGCUGGGCCCAGAUACCUACUGAGUUCAAAAUCGCUUAGAUUCCAGUUUGAGCAGACAGCUAGAAAGACAAUGCAUCCCCAAGCCAAAUAGGGUCCAGAUGGAUCAACUCUUCAAGUCGUAUGUAUGGAAGAAGGAAGUCUGGAGGCCUCCAUGACUGCUGCUUUGCAUGAAAACCGUGUGAUGUAUAUUAGGAAAUCAUGAAAACUUUAUUUAAAGGGGGGGUUUUUUUUAGAAAAAAGAAAAAGGAAAAAAAAAAAGAAAUUUAACAAAAACCACGGUGGCCACCGAGAUACUUCUGCCAACAAAGUUCAGUUCCAAAUCUUCUCUCUCUCUCUCUUUCUCAUGUGAGGUUCCUGUAGUGUGUGGCUCAGCCAUUCAGAGGACUGACUCUUAUGCUAAUAGGAAAGUUUGGAAAAUCCCAUUAUUCCUCUUCCUGGGAACUUACAAAAAUAUGAGCACAAGUUUGCACCAAACCUUUUUACGCAAAGGAAAAUAACAGUUUAGCCGGAAAGAAAGCCAACAGCUGAGUAAAUUAUAGGCACCGGAAGGAACUUUACCUGAGUUGCAAAACCAUCAGAGCAUUCGACCUCUUUGUCUUGAAAUCCAGCUUUAUCUGUGUAUUUAUAUAGUGUCGAUAUAUCUAUUUUUUUUAAAUCCCACUUACCGCUGAAGGAGGAAGGAUCUGAUUUUAAACUUUCCCCUCUUUGAUUUCCAUGCUGUUUCAACACAAAGCUCCAGCCAGGUGCCACCGUUCAGCGGGAUCUUUGUUUGCUCGACAUGCGGGGUCCUGAGGAAUGUUCUGUCUUUUGCGGCGCGCGAAACGAAGGAAGUCGUGUGCGGUUUAAACUGAAAUUGGUGCAUUGUAGGUUUCUGCAGGUGCAAUUUGAGCUAAACCAAUUGGCUGACCUUUCCCAGUCGAGCAGAGCUGGGCUGGAGCUUUCUGAGUCACUUGGCGUGCCGGCUGGCUAGUGCUAUUCUGUUCCAGCUGCACUGUGAUUUCUUGCGGUUGAAACACACACACAAAAACCCAAUGUUUACAGCAAGUGAUACUUGAAAAGAGUAGACAUAGUGAGAUGAUGUAUUUAUUGCUUUUCUGUUUAAGACUCUCUUACCCUUACAGACAAAAUGAGGACAGACGCCGUUUGCAUUUUUCUCCCGGCAUAUGCAAGGUCACCCAAGGUCAAGCCUCAGACUUUUAUUUCCAUUUGAGGGAGGGGGUAGAAAUUUCUGCGCUAGGCGAGAGAAGGAAAGCCGUAACCCACACAGUCCGAGUGCCAACUCCCGUUGUCGUCGUCGUCUUUGUCUCUGUGUCUCGUUCGGUAGGUUUGGUUUCUAGCGGCCAGAGCAGCCCAUCUUCUUGUGGUCACUGAAAGACAAAUGUUUGUGAGUGUUAUUCCUUUAAAAGAGACCAAAGCUUUCAUGUCCUUUAAAGAGUGCCAAGAGGUGGAUGGAAUGCUGUAAAUAUUUCUCUCUGUAAUAAAUAUUGAUAUUUGUGCAGGCUGCAGUGGGGAGGACAAGGUGAUUAGACCUAAUGGAAAUAGAAGUAUCGACCACGCGAGCCUCGGCGAUUGCAGCAGAGUAGCUACGUGGGUCUGUCUAAUGGAAUCAAAACCUGAUGGGAAAAUGCCCGGCCGUAAGUUUCCCUGCAGAGAGGCUAGGAACAGCUUGGCUGCGAAGGGACUGAUCCCAGGCCAGCCACUUCGCUUGCGCGGUACUCUUUCCCCUGCUUCUGAAGUGGGGGGAGCAGUGUUUGGUGGGGUGAGGAGAUUAGCAAAGGCUUGGCAAUGUGACGUGCUGGGCAAGGUCUGGCCGAAGCCAAAGGAGCGUGGGUGCUUUGCCGUCUCACACGUGCGGGUGCUGCGUGCUAGGUACUGUUAUGACUUACGCAGAGUCCGCUCCGCCGCGGGACUCCGGUAAAGCAACCGCAUCCUCCCACCGGCGUCAGAAGGGGUGUGGGAAGGGGUGGAAAGGCCUCAUGGUACUGGGCCCACAGACUCACCCCGCCAUGCUGGAAGGAACUGAACCUACAGUGCAAAACCAUUGGAGUAUACAGCCUUCUCGUCUUGAAAUCCAUCUUUGUCCGUGCAUUUGUACAGAGCUGAAAGGUGUGGCUGAAGCUUGCCUGUACGUAAGCUCUUGUUAGUCCCUGCUCGCAACCUGCACCGCAGUCCUGCACUAGGAUCCGACCGCCUGGGCCCCUGGGCUCACAGAGCUGUGCCACGGUCGUCAGCAAUGUGUGCCUGUGCAGGGCUGGGGUCAUAGCUUGCUGCCACGGUGCUGCAAAGAAAAUACCACUUCACAGCCAGCCACCCACCCCCAUCCCGCUGCUGCAGAAGGGAGCUGGGAGCAAUCUGGUCGCUGGCGUGCACGUUCAAACUGGUGCUUUAAGUAGGCAGCGAGGGUCCCAGGAGUCUGAAUGCAGACAGCAACAAGGAGGGAGGGAAAAGCGUUCGGAGAAGUACUCAGGAAACUUGCUGUUUCAAUUAUCCUCCAUUGAAAGCCGCACCAAGCCCACUCUCCUCUGGUAAUCCACUUAGGUGAGUUUCUCUGGGCCCUAUUAGUAGCCCGAAAGAAAUACUAAUGACCAACCUUGUGCAAUAAGCUGUAGUUUUUGACAUUCGCUACAGCCUCAGCUUUGUAACGAGAAGGCUCCGAUUGACGGAGACAUGGGUACAAGAAGGGGAUGUGUGGAGACCAGCACAGAGACAGGCUGCCUGUCAUCGGGGGAGUUUGCUUCCCAGGUUCCCUUACCUGCACCAGGAGUCUAAUUACAAAGACAGAACAGGGAGAAUCUGCCAGGUCAUCCUAUUAAAGCCUGGCAUCCUGAUGCUAAUAAAUUCACCAUCUAGUCAUUAGAGCGCUUGCUAACUUGACCUGCUCUCUGUUGCUGACGUUGCAUAACGGCAGAUCUGUGAUAUUCCCCCGAAAGACUUCAGUUUCCCCAGGUUUUUGCUGUUGUUGUUCACAGCAAUCCAGCACACGAUCAAUGCGCACCUUUGUUCAGCCUUGCAUUCUGGUCACAGCCAUCGCUUCAAGUAUUUCUGACUCCCUAUUCGCUUUGCUUGCUCAACUGUUCUCCAGAGUUGCUUGGCAUCAUUUCUGCACCCUGAUGGGAGAACACCCAUGCUCCUACCAGGAUCUGCUUAGGACCAUGCAGUCCAAAUUCCUUCCUGUCAACUCAUCAAGGAUCCCCUGUCUAACUAGGUUUAGGCCUGGAACAGCUGUCUUCUGCGAGGAGGCAUCACGCACACCUUGCCCGUCUCCCUGCCCAGCCGUCUUCUCCAGCGUGUGUUCCCUUUACUCUGGUCUUCUGUCUAGUGAAGGCUGAAGUCUCUGCCUACAGCUCCCUGGUGCUGUGGGGAUACAGUGCAGAUCCUAGAUCUCUUGCCUGCUGUAUAAAGGUCAUUGCACAAGCCUCGGGGGUGACACUAUGCAGAGGCUGUCUUUACCAGCGUACAGCAUCCACGCUGUGCGUUAUAGCACCCGUUGGCUGGGUGUAUUCAUCAGUCAUGCUUAGAAUCAUAGAAAACAAGGGUUGAAGGGACCUCAGGAGGUCACAUCUAGUCCAACCCCCUGCUCCAAGCAAGACCUGCCCCAACUACAUCAUCCCAGCCAGGGCUUUGUCUACCCGGGUCUUCAAAAUCUCCAAGGAUGGAGAUUUCACCUCUCUGGGUAACCUGCUCCAGUGUUUUACUACCCUCCUAGUGAGGAAGUUUUUCCUAAUAUCUAACCUAAACUUCUCUUGCUGCAACUUGAGCCCAUUGCUCCUUGUCCUGCCAUCUGCCCCCACUGAGACCAGCCCAGCUCCAUCCUCUUUGCAACCCGCUGCAGGGAGUUGAAGGCUGCUAUUCAAUCCCCCUCGGUCUCCUCUUCUGCAGUUGUUUCAUCCCUUAGCAUCAUUCUCCUCCUUUGCUGUCUGGAGGCUUGGAAACCAGCUGUGGGGCUCUUCAUCCCACCAAUGGAGAAGACUAGGGAAAAAUCAAAAUACUUGCAGGGCUUGGAUGUCACUGAGGAGGGAACAAGACAUGUCUAAUAUGACAGGUUGGGGAAAGGGGCAGCUGCGCAUGCUCAAGGAAUGCUCCUAAGCACAAGGAGGGAAAGGGAGUAUUUGGGAUUAAUUACUGCGUGUAUGCAAUGGCAUCUGAGGAAAGGGGCAAUGUGCCUGCCUCCUGGGAGCAUUAAUUUGAUUGUGGCAUAGCGUCCCAAGGGAAGCAGCUGAAGCCAAAGUGUUUGAAUCACUUGAAACAGGACCAGACGUACUAAGGCAGCGAAGGGGACGGUCUGCUGCAGGCGGGGGCAGGAGUGGCUGAAGUGUGACCGAGCAAGUCUCUGCAGCGCUCCUUUCUUUGGUUCUCGUGAAUAAUGGAUGCUUGCAGGAAAUUAUGUGGCGAAGCUCUUGUGAUCCAAUGCCCAAUUUACAGCCGACUUCUCAGUCCUCUGGGGCUGGCGCUUCAGAUCUCGGCACGGAGCGGUCUGCGUGCCGCAGGCAAGCCCCGCGCCAGGUUGGGUCGGCAGGGAGGCCCCAGGUUUGCCGCAGAUGAAAUGAUUGCACAUCUAGCUCUGCGCCUCCUUCCCCGCACCAGGCCGGGUGGGAGAAACGCACCCAUGUGUUUUGAUUCUCCGGUCGGCUUUGUUUCAGGUGUUUCGACAUCAAAGCAGAAGACGUCAUUUCUGGACUCUCUGUGUCUGGUGCUGCUGUUUAAAUAAUUCUAUUUAAUCUUCUGCACUUGAGCGUUAUCCAGAGCCAUCAAAGCACCCACUCCAAGGGGUAGCAAGGUGCUAAUCAAAUGCUUCUCCACCUUGAAAGCCUUUUUUAAAACCCCCUAUGCCCGAGUCCUAACUCCUAGCCAAGCUUGCCUCUGCCUGGACCUUGCUGCCUUUGCACCACGGUGCUGCAUCCCUCCAAGAAGCAGGCUGACGUGGAGCUCAGAUGGCCCGCUCCUUCCCACAGGAGAGGUAGGGAAGGGGGUUGCCAGGUACAUAAAGCCAGGAGAGCUAAAACCAGAACCUCUGAGGCCAUCCUAGGUCCAGCUCGGCCGGGAACGGACUGUAGCUUAAUGCAUGACAAGCAAGUGUUAUGAAAAACACCCCGGGGCCAGGGUGUGAAGGAGCAGAGCCGUGGAAAGGGGGACCGAAAUGAGUCAUGAACCUGAAUCUGCGUAUGCGGGAGGCCAGCCUUUCCCCAUGAAAUCCCAGUGCUGCGUGAUAAAACCGUUUGCCUCACAGGUGUUCAAUGCCUUUCCCCUGUGACAAUCCCAACAGCCAGGCCACCCAUGUCCUCUUAAGAGGACAUAUGCACUGCUGGUAAGGGUUUUACAUGGAAUUUACCAAAAAAAAAGGAGCCUCUCCCUAUUCCAUCCGCCUCACAGGUUGUCUGCAACGUCCAGGCUGAGCAGGGGAGCCCUGCGGCAGGACUCGGCGGUUCGGUGAUUGUGCUCUGGGCUCUACGUGUAAAUGCAUAACGUGUGCAAGUCCCCUAUAUGAGCACGAGUCCAGGCGUUCAGCUGUGGCUGCUGGCUUGGGUGCCUCUUGCUUGGUGCCCGGUGUGGAUGUGCAUGCAGGGUCUGGUUUGCAGGGUUGCUAACCGCUCGCUGGUGCAAGGGAGCUGGAGGGAAGCUGGUUUGUGUGUUGCCCUUGAGAGUGUAACUCCACCUGGGGCAGAGCAGGGGCUGGAGAAUUAUUCUGGAAACAUUUUUUUAAGCCUGUGCCUGUACUGUUUCCCGCUGGCAGCUGCAGGGCAGUGUUUUUGGCUGUCACCGGCAGCUCUGUUUCAUUUUCCAGUGCUGUCAGCAUUCACCUGUCACGAGGACUUAGUUCACCAAACUGAAUGAAACAAAAAUAGAUGGACUCGAACAAGCUGGGCCAUCAGGGGGAAACCUCAGCAGUGACUGUGCUGCGCGGGGAAGACAAAAGGGUUCAGAAAAGGAGGACAAGCAGCCAGCAUCCACGAUGCGUUUGAGGGCAGCACAGCUUCAGUCAUCCUAUUUCAGUAGUCCGCGUGUACCAGAAACCGUAAGCCAAUAAUACAGAGGUGUGAUGUUGUAUAUAGUUACUUGCUAGGUAGAGCUAGGUGAACGGUCCGAUCUGUUUUGUGAAUGUGUCUUCAGUGAAAACUCCACGAUCCCCCUCCCAGCCCCGCUCCGCUUUGUCCCAGGCCUCUUGAGAUCAGCCAGCGAGGGGCCAAAGGCCUUACGUGUGCGACACAUGCACAGCCGCCCAGCGCUGACGUGGCCAGGGCGGUCGCGUUGUUGGAAACGUUUCUUUUGGGAUGAGCUGUUUGUCGAAGGAGCUGUUUGACUUAGGAAUAGAAACCUGUGGGGUGAGGUUCAGAGCCUGAGCACCCCGAACCGCAACACCUCCGUGUAGCUCAGCCAGGCCAGUUCAAAGGGCAGGGUCUUAAAACCUGUGAAGCCUUUGAACAUAUUUUUCUUCUCUUAGAAAGAGGAACAAAAGCAAAAUCUGUCUGCCCAGUUCCUAGCAAGUGAACGAUGUAUCCACCCAACCAGGAGGGAGUACGGCUCCCUCCUUCCUCCACAAAAGCCCCACAUUUGAAAGGAAGUGCUCGUUUUAUUCCCUUGCCUCUUCAAACGCCCCUUUCUCCAGGGCUCCUCGUCUAGUUUAAGACGAGGAGCCAGAAAUCCCGGUGACGUGCUGAGCGCUUCUUCCCGACUCAGUUAAGGACAAGUGUGCAGUGCAAAGCUUUCUUGGUCUCUGUCCUACCCCUUCUGAUCCCCUCCCUGGUUUACUGGUCCUGGUAGCAGUGGGCCAGGUUUGGAGACUGUCUCAAAGAGGGCCCGGGGGCAGGAGAGGAGCCCGGCUGUCCCCGGAUCCAUUCGGGGUUUCGUGGCAGGCACAGAGCAUCCCACCACAGCAGCCGUGGGGGGCAGCGCAAGCACCGGGGUGUCGUGUCCUGCCCCGUCAGCAACCCACAGACUGGAGCAAACGGCUAAGCGAGCAGUUCCUCCCCUUGCUAGAGCAGCUGUGGCUGCCAUAGCUGUCAGGAUUUUACAUGAAAUAAGCCAGGCCUUUGAAUCCAGAUGUGUCCUGCCCGUGUUGUUUAUGCUGCAGUGUCCGUGUGUUUAUCCGUGCUGGCUAAAAAUGCCCAUCUGCCUUCAUGUUCGCUGCCCUCUCACCCCUUUGGGUGGAAGAAGUCCCCGUCCCAUCCCCACUUUCCCUCCUUGCCGUUAGCAAAAGGCUGCAAAGAUUGGCAUAGCAUCCAACACAGGGGCACUCGCCCAAACCCCAGCGCCUGUCUCUGGAGCCUGCAAACACCUCCUGACCAGGCUUUCCCUGGCAAUAUCCGGCCCCUGUGCUGCAUUUGGGCUAGGGAAAUGUUGAAUGCUGGUCCCCUCCUCUCUUGGCCAGAGCAGGCACGUGCCUGAAUAGGGAGGCGUCAAAAGGUGCAAGAGCCCCGGCCUGUGGUCCUUACUUCUGCCUCAUUCUUGCUAAUACUCAGAAUGUAUCGCAGCCAGCUCCGUCCGCGCCGACCACGGAGACAGUUCACUUGCUAGGGCACCUUCUGCAGGGGGACGGUCAUGAAAAAGGGGGAUGUGAGGGUAGCAACCAAAUUAAAAACAAUAAUAAUCAUGUGAGUUUUAAAGCAAAGAUAUUUGGGGUUCAAAGGGCUCUUUAUUUAUCUGACCCGUCCCUUACAAAUUAAAGAAAUGCCCGUCAUAAGACCCUUUUUUAUUAUUUUUAUUUUUAUUUCAUUUUAUUUUGGUUUUGGUGGGCUGGCAAGAUACACUAAAUCUGACUGUAUACGUUGUCUGCACCACACAGCCCAACCCUUUCCCGCCCCGUCCUCCUGUCCCCGUGAUACUUGACACACUGGAGUUCUGUAUUAUAUUUUUUUUUUUUAAAAAGAUGGUUGUCUGGUUUUUGUUGUUUUUACAAGUGUUGUGGGAAAAAAAAAAUGUAAGAAAGUUUAAGUAUUUAAAAGCGUUCCAAGGAGGAAAAAAAAGGGUUUUUGUUAUUAUUCUAAUAUAUUAUUGUGUACCUAUUGUAAAUAUGAAACACUCCUAUUUUGCAAGCCAAGGACUCACUUUGUACUGUUGUUAUAUAUAAAUAAAGUUUACUGGUUUCAAAAAGAA